AAAAUUUCAAUAUGGAAUUUGAGAUUCUCACAAAGAAAUGCCUCUGAUGCCUCGAGCCCAUCGAAGGUUUCUCAGAAAUAGUCAAAUUGAUGGACUGAACUCAUGAGUUAUGUGCAGAGUGCUUCAGUCGCUGGAAAAGGAUGAAGGACAUAUGUCCGCUGUGUAGAGUCAAAAUUACCAAAAUCAGAGAGAUUUUCCUAGACAAGUCCAAAAAUUGUGAUGAAGAAGGAUACUGAAAAUCAGCUGAAUACGACUUCCAAUUUGUUAAAGAUAAAUUAGCUGAGGAAGAAAUGGACCUAGCAUGCCUAGAUCACGCUUACUUCCAUGAAGAGCUCCAGAAGCUAACCAAGCUUAUUGUCGAUGUCAAGAGAGAACGCUUUGAGAGAAGAGGAGCAGAAGGAACUGACCAUGAAUGGAAUGUCCUUGAGCAAAUUGAGAUCCAGCUUGACAAUCUGUGUAUUCUCAAUGAUGAACUUGUUCAAUUUGAUAUCCAUGAGAGACUCUCAGAAAUCUAUACGAUGGCUGAGACUUUAUUCAAAAUUAAGACAGGAAAGCUGGAGAAAGAAUUCGUUCCUUAUGUUGACCCAAACUACGAAUACACCGACUUUGACGUCUACAAUGCUCAAUACGAUGAUUACGGAGAUGAGUACUACCAGGAAUGAGAUGAAGAAGCUGAAGAAUUUUACAAAUAUGAAUCCAAUGUAGCCAGAAAAGGCAAGGGGGUCAAGGUGCAUGGCAGGAAGCCCAAAGCAUAG